UACCUUCGUUCCAUACGCGGAUAUGCAAAAUCGCCUACGCUAUAAUAUCUUUCUCUCUCUUUAUCUUUUUCUUGUUAAGGUACUACACCAUUAUCAUUACAUGAGAAAGAAUGAGAGAAAGAAAGAAAAAGAGCGAGAGAGAGAGAGAGAGAGAGAGAGAGAGAGAGAGAGAGCGAAAUGCUUUGAAUGUAUAAAAAUGUUAAGCGAAUUACGCGAAGCGAAUCGAUUUAUUCUCGAGCGACGGCUUUCAUUUUUCUUGGGAUAGAAGAGGGGGGGGGGAAAGAAAAAAGAACUGCGAAUAUUUAUUUUACAAAAGAGGAUUCAAAAAAAAAAAAGGCGCCAUUGGAAGGUUGCCCUUCGCGCGAUUUUUUUCGAACGACUUGUGCAUCGCCCUUUCGAGAAACAGAGAGAGAGAGAGAGAGAGAAAAAGAGAGAAACGAUCUUUCGUAUCCUUCGGCGCGCCCAAUGCGCGCGCGCAUAAGAGAGACAGAGAGAGAGAGAGAGAGAGAGAGAGAGAGAGAGAGAGAGAGCUAAAUCGGGAUCCAUCGGUCUUCUAGACACUUUUACGAGAAUAUCCUCACGUAGUACGUUCAAAGUACCUUAACAGUUGUUAAAUCUUCAAAAGAUGAUCAUAUGAUCCCUUUUAGAAGUAUGAAAUUAAAAUAGCAUAUGUCAAGAAAAAGAAAGAUAGAGAAAGAAAGAGAGAAAGAGAGAGAUAGACACAUCGAUUGCGAGAUCGACUUUCGCGGCGCGCGCGCGCGCGCGCGCACGAGAUCGUGAAAGCCAAGACGGCGGCGAUGUCGUUACGAUUUGCGAGAUUACUCGCUUCUUUUUAUAUUAAAAAUAAAUUUUUUCUUUUCUUUUCUUUUCUUUUCUUUUUUUUUUUUCAUGGUGCCGUGAAAUUAAAUGAUAACCAUAUAAGUAAUUAGAAGAGGAUAAAUAUAGACCGCCAAUGAGAAAGAGAGAGUGAGAGAGGGAAAGAGAAAAAAGUCAAUCAUUUUUUAUCGAUCUAAUGAUAAAAUGAAAAAGAAGAAAAAGAAAAAAUAAAAAAGAAAGUUAAAUAAAAAGUAUUUUAUUAGCGGCAUCGACAUUAGCUACGAAAUUGCUAAAUGAAUAUUUAAAUGAUAAAGGCUAAUGACAUUCGUGGUACUGGUUUUGAGACUUUCGAUUUCGUGAAAAAACGACUGCCUAAUUAUUUUUUUAUCAAAUAUUUUCUCCCUCUCCCUCUCAAGGAUAUCAGCAGAAAACUAGAAAACGGAAGAGAAGAUCGAUACGAUCAAAGAAAAGAAUGAUUAUAUUAUGGCGAGACGAAAAUAUCCGAACCAAGCCGAUGACUCGUAACUCUCUCGGGGAAUUUUGUUUCUUUCCUUUCAAGCGGAUCACGUCGUGACGUGACUGGACGACGUAAAGCUAUGGUUUUAGUUCAGAGACAACCCAAAAAAAAAAAAAAAAGAAAAAAGAAAAGAAAAAGAAAAGGAAGAAAGAAAAAGAAGGAAAAAGAAACUAUGAUUCAAAGGUGGAGAUCGAGGAUGACUCGUUUAGAAAAUUUUCUCGAUAAUCGCUACGGUAUUUACCGUGAAGAAGUCAUGGACCUGACAAUUGCGUCAGUUUAAACGACGACUCAUCGGUCGUACAUUCCAUUCAAGUCUCUCAAUUUGGUCUAUCUCUCUAUCUCUCUCUCUCUCUCUUUCUCUAUGUAUGUCUCUCUCUUUUUAUUUCUUUCAUUCUCUUUUUUUUCUAAUACUCGUUAAAGGAGAAAAAUAAAAGUUCGCCUUAGGUCGGCGUCUGGUUCUCUUAGCUAGGUAGAGUGUUUUUCUAGAUACAUAUAGUUAGCCUCGAAGUUCUCCCAUUCCAGGCUUCCCGCGAGAGGCCCAAAACUACUCCGCACACCUUUCUCUUUUCCUGCUGCUAUUACGCUCGACGAAAGCGAACUCGCGAGCCUCGCGGCUUGCUCGACGAGUCCUACUCGCUCUUACUAUCUUUCUCUUUCCCAUGCAAAAAGCCGGUCCUAGCUGCUUCUCUCUCUCUCUCUCUCUCUCUCUCUUGAGGGGAUCAUAGUUCGUAUAUAUUUCUCGUCGAGCGUAAAUACGUAUGUAGAUACUUAGGUAAGUACAUACACACAUACAUACAUACAUACAUACAUACAUACAUACAUACAUAGAUACAUAGAUACAUAGAUACAUAGAUACAUGUAUAGUGAAGUAUUAUGGGUAUGGAACGGCCGAGUUGUAGGAGUAUUUUGCCCAGCCCUGUCCACCACGCAGGGUGUGUGUAUGAAUGCCUGCCUACGCGGCCGACCAUAACCAGUUUCCUUCCACUGCUUGAAAUCUCGCGGUUGCGCUCAUCGAAGUCUCUCGGUUCAGCCGAGGGGAGUGCGACUGUGCGAGUGAGACACAGACUCUGUCAUGGUAGAAAGAGAAAGAGAAAGAGAAAGAGAGAUGCGAGGAUGAAGUGUGUGCGACAGAGUUAGAAACAGCGAGAGAAAAAGAAAGAGAGUGGGAGAGAAAGAGAGAGAGAGAGAGAGAGAGAGAGAGAGAGAGAGAAGCAAAAGGAAAAUAAAUAGAAAGAGAGAGAGAGAGAGAGAAUGAAAGAGGGGGAGGGAAGGGAAAAAGAGACUCCUUGUGCCGUACCCACUGCCAGGCUAGACGUUGUUCGUGUACAACCUUCGCAUUCUUCGAAGAAGUGAAAGCCAGCAGUUUCAGGGAAAUUCUGACGGCUUGUACUGUGCGUACCUAUAGGUAUAAUCGACGACGAUGACGAUAACGUUGAUGACAACAACGACGAUAACGAUAAUGAUAAAUUUGGUCAUUGAACGAACUAUUUUGGUCAUUUAACGAGUUGGGAGAAUUCGAUGACGAUUCGAUCAGUCAUCGAAUACGAUCGAAUCAUGUUUCCCCAUCUUCUUCCUUCAUCUGUUCCUCCUCCUCCUCCUCUUUUUCUUUCCCUUCUUCUUAUUCGUCUUCGCGUCUUUGUCUUUUACAUCAUAUAAGAGAGACAGACAGAGAGAGAGAGAGAGAGAGAGAGAGAGAGAGUGAGAGAGAAAAAAGGAUAGGGCAAAAAAAAAGAUGUCGUAAAUGGGAAACUCAUAGGAGUGUCGUGUAACGGCUCCGACUUCGAUGCCAGUGUACACGUGUGCCACGUACGGCCGGUAGCGAGCGUGCCGAUGGAAUGCGAAUUUCACUUUUCCGAGCAGUUGACGCGCCGGUAUUCGAGUUGUUCGUACGUUUCUUCGUUUGAGGGAUAGUGGUGGUGGUAAAGAAGGAAGAGAAGGAGGAGAAAAAGGAGGAGAAGGAAGAGAAGGAAAGAGAGUGGGAGCAAAUGGGAAUGUAUCGGGCUAUUUAAUAAUUUUUUGUUUUUCGUAUCUUUCAAAGCUCCUCGCAAAAGCUUCGUGGCUCGUGGAAUCGACUUGAGGAAUCGAUUCUACUUCUUCUUUUUUUUUGUUUGUUUGUUUUUUUACAAGUUUCAAUCUUCUCGUUUUAUUGACUGAGAAGACGGACACACAAUGGUAUCGAGAAGAAAAAUACUCUCUCGUUCGCGAGAUAAUCUCGUGGAGUCUCAAUACGAGGAACAAGAGGAGGAGGACGUUUGGUAUAAUCUCGACAAAUUGUAUAAGGAUCAUAUACAAGAAGUUUUGGAUAAAUGGAAUCAAAUAGAUGAUGAAAUAUGGGCGAAAGUAAUUGUCUUUGAGAGAAAUAGACGCGUAGCGAAAGCGUAUGCUAGGGCACCGGUUCUCACGAUAAACGGCUCAAAUGAUGGCUUCGAUGGCUUCAGGAUAGGACUUUGCGGUUUUGAUAAUCCAAUGCGUGAUCCGAAGACGGAAGAAGCGAAACGUCAUAUAAAUCAAGGUGUUAAAAUUAAAAUGGACGAACAAGGAAAUAUUCUUAUUAAAAGGUUGUGUAAAAAUAAUGUUUACAUCAAACCAACCAAUCAGGAGGAUAAUGCUAUCGGGCCUGAAAUUAUACGUAAUUCACAGGGUGCCCUCGAACACGAGAAACCGGGAAAGUUGUUUGAUAUGAACAAAUUUCAAACAAACUUAUCUCGCGAGACUCGACGAGCUUAUCCCGAUAGACGAAGAUUGGAGAUGCAAUGUUUAAGUGCUAUUGUUUUCGUAAGAACGGAAGCAGAUCUCCUUCAAUGUCCAGUAUGGGUUCUGAUCGUGAACGUCGUUGGACUGGACAUGCUGAAGUCAAAACUGCCACCAGUUUUAGCCUUGCAAAGGCCUGUAGAUAUAAAGAAUCGUCCAAGGAUACCUAUUCCAGAUGAGGAUCCUUACAGCGUCGCUGGUGUUUCAUCCUCUGUUGGACCUAGCGAAAUAAUGCAAUCAGAGAGAGAUUCGCGAGAACAAAUCUACAUGCAAUCCACAAGUUACCAGCAACGACGAGCUGAGAGGCCACCUAAACUUCCACCCAGAGAAAAUCUUUAUGGUCAUGAUAUACCUAAGCCUGAUUACGAUGACAUCGAGGAUGAUUACUCGAGAACGAUAAAACCUGCCGGUAUGGCGAAUGAAGAAAAAAGGAGCAAGAACGAUGAUAGAAAAAAAUAUGACGAUCCAUAUUAUUGUGGAUUACGUGCACGCGUACCUAAUUUCGUGAAGAUGGCAAGAAAUGGACAAAGUAAAGGUAUUCCUCUUCGAGGACACAUCAGACCACAACCUGCACCAUCUUAUGCUGGCUCCGUAUAUGCAAGUAGUCAAUCGUCUCAGAUAUAUGGACAUCACGUUCCCGCAAAUCGACCACACAUCAUGUACCAUGCGAGAAGUUUUGAGAGUGGGCUCGACACGGAUAAUAGAAUCGAAUCGCCGUACAACCAUAUAUAUGGAAGAUUACCCAUCCCGACGAGAGGCGUGAUACCUCCUGCACCGCGUGCUAUGUACAUUGGAGAAUGGGAUUAAGUUUUAACAAGUAUCUCAACGUUUGUACCUAUAAACUUGUAUAUUGUUAAUAUACCACAUAAAUACUCAUAUUUUUAUGCUAUUGAAA